CCUAUUUCAGCCCCUGACGCACUGCCUCUGGGGAGGAAACGGAGCCGCAAACUCAGUCCUGCUCUGCUGUACACGGUGCAGGGCAGAGGGAGAGCCAAUCACCGAAACGCACAGGCUCCCUUUAAGCCUGACAUAUCUCCAACAGGAACAAAUUGUCCCAACAAUCAACAUCCCAAUCUGCUGCGCGCAUCAGGGGCUAGAGAGGAGUGGAGAUCCUACAGGCCCUCGCUUGCGCGGAAGGAUUGGAGUGGGUAGCAUCGCGAGAAGAAGCUCGAAUAGACGCUUAAGAUAAAGAACAGCUUUCGGUUUGGAUACCGACUUUCAGGGCGGAGGAGAGAGCUCGGACAUCAUGUCUAUACUUCCGUCCUUUGGGUUUACGCAGGAACAAGUGGCGUGCGUUUGUGAGGUGCUGCAGCAGGGAGGAAACCUGGAGAGACUCGGUCGCUUCCUGUGGUCUCUGCCUGCCUGCGAUCACCUCCACAAGAACGAGAGCGUCCUCAAAGCUAAGGCGGUGGUGGCCUUUCAUCGUGGGAACUUCAGGGAGCUCUAUAAGAUCCUGGAGAGCCAUCAGUUUUCCCCGCACAACCACCCAAAGCUGCAGCAGCUGUGGCUGAAGGCGCACUACGUGGAGGCGGAGAAGCUGCGCGGCCGGCCGCUCGGAGCUGUAGGGAAGUACCGCGUGAGGAGGAAAUUCCCGCUGCCCCGCACGAUAUGGGACGGCGAGGAGACCAGCUACUGCUUUAAAGAGAAGUCCAGGGGCGUCCUGAGAGAGUGGUACACACACAACCCUUACCCGUCCCCGCGUGAAAAGAGAGAGCUGGCCGAGGCCACGGGACUGACCACCACACAGGUCAGCAACUGGUUCAAAAACAGACGGCAGAGGGACAGAGCUGCGGAGGCCAAAGAGAGGUAGGCUUUUACGCAGACAGACAGACAGACAGACAGACAGACACUGAAGUUGACGAGAAAAUGAAGGUGCAACUUUAUUUAUGUCUCCAAACUGUGUCCACAAGUAACCAAAGACGAAAACACAGGAUCCACACAAUGCUCGGACAGAAAGCACAGAAUACAUUGUAAAGUGUAACAGAUAGGAAUUGACUCAUUUCUUGUUUAUUGUGAAUUAUUUCUAAAUUUUGAUUCCUAUUUUUAUUCCUUAUUCAAACCCAUCCUUAUAACGGUGCUGAUGGAUAAAGAAAAGCUGCUUGUUGACAAAUGCUGAGCUUUCCUCGCAACAACUAAAACACUUUGACUCGUCUUGUCUUGAAUUUUAACAUGAAAUAUCUCAAAUCUGCACCAGAAACAGAGAUAUAGCGUUUUAGGCUUUUUACAGCUUAAAAAUACGCAGUUAUUUUAUCAUAUUUUAGAAAUUUGUCUUACUUUUUUUUUUUCUUUUUUUUUUUUUUUUGAUGGAGCUGGAGGUUAAAUUAGGUUACAGUGCAUUGAAACAUCUGGAUAAAGAGACGUAAUAAACAGGCUGUAAACGUGAUGAAAAAUUAGAAGAAAAUAUAUUUAAAGCAGAAAAAAAUGAGGAAAGUACAAAACAUGUGACGCUUUUAAUAGUUUGGUGCUUUAGCAAAACAACUAUGGCUGCCGUCACCCAACAGGCCCAACACAUGCGUAAAAUGCCUCUUUAAUACAAGUCAAGAAUAGUGCGUAUUUUCCCUCUAAUUUUCCUCUUGCUGUCAUUUCCAGAGAGAACAGUGAAAACAAUAACGCAGGCGGCAACAAACAGAACCAGCUGUCGCCGCUGGACGGAGGAAAGUCUCUCAUGUCCAGCUCGGAGGACGAGUUUUCUCCCCCUCAGAGCCCCGAUCAGAACUCAGCGCUUUUGCUCCAGGGCAACAUGAGCCAUCCCGGGGCCUCCGCGUACCCCAUGUCCGGCCUGGGGGCCCCUCAGCCGGUGCACAGCAUGCACGGACACCCGCACCAACUGCAGGACUCCUUGUUGGGACCUCUAACGUCCAGUCUCGUGGAUUUGGGCUCUUAAAGAGGCUGCCAGUUUAUUUCAUUUUACGAAAACGUGGAUAAAAAAAGGAGACUGAUAAUCAGAUUGAGUACAUGUAUGAAAUAACACUAUAGUAGCCUACCUGAUAAUAUAGACUGACUGUCUGUCGUUAAAUUUGGUUAGAACAAAAUCCUUUAUGCGCUUAACCUGUGUAUCAGCCCUGACAGGAGACCCCCUUUUUUCUCAUCUCCUGCAUAUAGCCCAAAACACACAAACAGGACCUGACUGAAACUCUUAAACUCAACGAGACACUUAACUUAACUGGACUGGCCCUUUUGCUUAAUUUAUGAGAUUUUGUUGAAAAAAAAAAAAAAAAGAAAUAGAGCAACCUCCUGGAAACUAAGAGGUAACGUUUUCAUUAGUCAUGGUAAUUAGUUUCCAAUAAAACAAAAAUACAAAAAUGUCCCUGUGUUGUUUGUGUUCAUGGUGAAGAAAAAAGACUCAGGCCCUGAAACCAAACGAUUCGGUGUUAUAAAGGCUUAAAAAAUUAAACAUUAUAGGCAGAUUUGACCACAGUAGGAAAGAGCGUAAUGCUGAUUUUAUAGCACUCAUUUUGAAAAACGGAAAGCACUGAAUUGAAGUAAAAAAAGGCUCAGUAAUGUCAUUGAAUUGAAGUGAUUGGAU